AUGACUUCACCCGGCCCAGCCCUCAGCCAAGGCUACGGCUAUGGAAUCAUCCUCGGCGUCGGCUUCGCCUUUGCCAUCUUCAUGAUCAGCCUGACCCAUAUCCUCAAACGCUUCAACAAUGAGGUUCAAACUUCCGAAAUGUUCAACACGGCCGGUCGGACCAUGAAAUCCGGCCUCGUUGCCGCUGCGGUAGUCUCCUCGUGGACUUGGGCUGCCACCUUGCUCCAAUCCUCCGGCGUGUGCUACCGAUACGGUGUUUCCGGUCCCUUCUGGUAUGCCUCUGGUGCGACUGUUCAAAUUUUGCUCUUUGCUACUCUGGCAAUUACCUUGAAGAAACGGGCUCCGAAUGCGCAUACCUUCCUUGAGGCUAUCAAGGCGAGAUAUGGUCCACCCGCACAUUUCACCUUUAUCACCUUUGGGCUCUUUACAAAUGUGCUUGUGUCUCUUAUGCUGAUUGCCGGUGGUGCGGCGACCAUUAAUGCUCUCACGGGUGUGCAUGCCGUAGCGGCGAUAUUCAUCAUGCCCAUCCCCGUUGUGGCUUAUACCUUUGUGGGAGGACUAAAAGCAACAUUUAUCACGGAUUAUAUCCACGGGUUCGCGCUGUUCAUCAUCAUUAUUACAUUUGCGCUCACGGCGUACGCAACAUCCGACGUGUUGGGAAGUCCAUCUGCAGUGUAUGAUCUGCUCGUCGAAGCUGCCAAGCGUCAUCCUGUGGACGGCAACCAAGAUGGGAGUUACCUGACCAUGCGAUCUCAAGGCGGUGCCAUCUUCUUCGUCAUCAACAUCGUCGGCAACUUUGGCACCGUGUUCCUCGACAACGGAUACUACAACAAGGCGAUUGCUGCGCAUCCUGUCCACGCUCUGCCUGGAUACAUCAUGGGCGGCCUGGCCUGGUUCGCCAUCCCGUGGCUUACAGCGACGACGCUUGGUCUAGCCGCCAUUGCGCUUGAAUCGAACCCCCGUUUCCCUACUUUUCCAAACCGCAUGACCGAGUCGGAGGUGUCUGCUGGUUUGGCACUUCCCUACGCGGCUGUGGCUCUUCUUGGAAAAGGCGGUGCGGCAGCUACUCUCAUCAUGGUCUUCCUGGCGGUGACUUCAUCGUUCAAUGCCGAACUGGUUGCCACGUCGUCCAUCUUCACAUACGACAUCUACCGAACGUACUUCAACCCGGAAGCCAAGGGCAAACACCUCAUUUGGAUGUCACACAUCUGCAUGGUGGUCUACGCAGCCAUCAUAUGCUGCAUCUCCGUUGGUCUAUGGUACAACGGUAUCUCCAUGGGAUACCUGUACCUCCUCAUGGGUGUGCUCAUCUCCGCUGCCGUUCUCCCCGCGACACUUACGCUCCUAUGGAGAGGACAGAACCGCUGGGCGGCGACUGUCUCACCCAUUCUGGGAACAGCCUGCGCCAUCAUCGCGUGGUUGGUAACCGCGAAGAAGACCUGCGGUAAACUGGAUGUCGAGUGUACGGGUUCCAAUGAUCCCAUGCUGGCUGGCAAUGUUACCGCGUUGCUUUCGCCAGUUGUUUUUAUCCCGAUACUGUGUCUGGUGUUUGGCCUGGACAAGUAUGACUGGAAGUCUAUGAUGGACAUCCGCAAAGCAGAUGACCAUGACGUCUUGGAAAGCUCAGGCGUUGAUGCCGAGGCCCAAAGACAGAUUGAGUUGCACUCAGCAGCAAACUUUGACGAGGAGCAGCGCAAGUUGAAUCGGGCAUUCAAAAUCGCUUGCAUUAUUACUGUAUCAAUGGCGCUUUCGUUCCUCGUCCUGUGGCCUAUGCCAAUGUACGGAUCUGGAUACAUCUUCUCCAAGAAGUUCUUCACGGGCUGGGUGUCCGUGGGCAUUAUCUGGAUCUUUUGCUCGUUCAUUGCGGUUGGGUUAUAUCCCGCGUGGGAAAGCAGAGAGACGCUUGUAAAGGUGGUGAGGUUGAUUGUUACGGGCAAAAAGCCGCAGCCGGUUCUUGUGAGUGAGCAACCUGGAUCGGAAGACACAAGCGGCACUGCGACGCCUAUUAAGUCGGGGUCUGUUUCAAAGAGUGGGUGA